AUGUUUGCACAAAGUACGAUCGAUUACUCUCAGUACACGUUGGAUGUCCUCAUUCCAUUCUGGAACCACCCAUCAGCGGUUAUCGACACAGGAACUUGUGGUUUGAUCGUUUCGGCUGCUGAAUUCCCCAACUGGACCCCAGAGCUCGCCGAAAAACAUCCUGUCGGCUUCGAAUACUUAUCAAGCAGCAAAAAACUCUACGUUGGGAGGUGGAUUCCAAGCGAUAUUGUAUUCCUUCAAGCGGAAGUAGCAACCUCUGUUCCCAUUCUAGUUGUAUCUAAACGGUACGUCUGUUCUGGCUACAACUCCACCAGGGAUGGCCCCAAUUGCACCUCGCCAACGGAGACUAUCGACAUGCCUACAAAGAUCUCUCUCCUCGGCGUCGGGUUCGGUCGCCAAUUCGAUGGGCAGCUGCAAGGCAACCCGGACAAAAACCCAUUUCUUAACGUUGUCAGCAUUCGUGGUACUCCCAUCAAUGCAACCAGUCAUUUUCGUACCGGGUACAAGAUCUCCAAGGAAGGAAUCACCCUAGGCCUCACAGCAAAUAAUACUGCCGGCUUCCGAUUCAUUGACUUGGACGAAGGUGUGACCGAGGACCCACGAGACUGGGCACCAGUUCCAGCGUCUAUCCGUGUUGGAACGGUGCCAUUUGUGAGUGACAACACGACUGCGCUGAUGGAUACUGGGAUUGACCAAAUGUAUUUGACCGUACCACCUUGGAUGCCGGUUGAAACACACAUUGAGCAAAGUCGGAGCACUGGCGCGAAUGUCAGUGUCCUUGACGCUGGGCAGGUAGUCGAAGUGCAGUAUGGGCAACCUGGUAGAAAUCCCGCGGGGUACAGUUUCAAAGUCGGGGAUAUGGAUUCAGUAGAGACAGGGGUGACACCACCACAGGUGAUUGUGACUAGGUCUUCAACUAAGAAGCCCUUUGUCAAUACCGGAAGGCAUUUCUUUAGAGCAUUUGAGAUCAUUUUUGACGCAGCUGGAGGGAGAUAUGGUUUCAAAGCUACUAGCUAA